AUUGAUUCGAAUUUCAAGUAGAUAAAAAUAGCCAUCAAUUGAUUCAGGGGAAAACUAUUGAAUUGAUGAUUGAGGACAGCUGGGAUAUGAGAGUUUUACAUUAGAACUCAUGAUCAAGUUUAGAAAUGGGGUCCUUAAACAUGGAGAAGAAAUGGGUAUUUCCUCUUGUAAUAAGUUCCCUAGUAUGUGUUUUUCUUCUUGCAACCUCUUUCAAUAUGGGGCUUGUUUCUUCCUUACACACAAUCAAUUCAAUCUUCUCAAUUUUCCCGUCUCGUGUUAUGACAAACCAAACAAACCCAUCUUUUGUGGAAGAAAGGGUUAAGCAAACUCUACCCCCUCCUGCUAGGCCUUCCAUUCCUCGUUUUGCUUAUUUGAUUUCUGGCUCAAGAGGUGAUUUAGAAAAGCUUUGGAGAACUCUCCAAACACUUUAUCAUCCAUGGAAUUAUUAUGUUGUGCAUCUGGACCUAGAAUCCCCAGCAGAGGAGAGAUUGGAGCUCUCUUCCCGGGUGGAGAAGAAUCCGCUUUUUGCAAAGGUUGGGAAUGUAUACAUGAUCACCAAAGCUAACAUGGUUACUUAUAGAGGACCCACCAUGGUUUCUAAUACUCUUCACGCAUGUGCCAUUCUUCUCAAGAGAAAUAAGGAUUGGGAUUGGUUUAUUAAUCUCAGUGCUUCAGAUUAUCCUCUGGUGACUCAAGAUGAUCUUCUACACACGUUUCGAGAUUUAAAGCGAGACAUGAAUUUUAUUGAGCAUACAAGCCGAUUAGGUUGGAAGGAAGGUGAAAGGGCAAUGCCAUUGAUUGUAGACCCUGGGCUCUACCAAACAACAAAAUCAGACAUAUUUUGGGUUACACCACGAAGAACUUUGCCCACAGCGUUUAAAUUGUUUACUGGUUCAGCAUGGAUGAUUCUCUCACGUUCAUUUGUGGAAUACUGCAUCUGGGGUUGGGAUAAUCUUCCUAGAACCCUACUCAUGUACUAUUCGAAUUUUGUCUCCUCUCCUGAGGGCUACUUUCAGACUGUCAUAUGCAAUGCACCAGAAUUUGUUUCCACUGUUGUCAACCAUGACAUGCACUACAUUUCUUGGGACUUCCCUCCUAAACAGCAUCCUCACACACUCUCUCUUAAUGACACGAGCAAAAUGAUCACGAGUGGUGCUGCCUUUGCCCGUAAAUUCAAGGGAGAUGAUCCUGUCUUGGAUGAGAUUGACAAAACAUUACUCGGGCGAAAAAAUGGGAGCUUCACACCUGGUGGUUGGUGCUCCGGCAGCCUCCCUUGUUCCAAGGUUGGGAAUCCCACCAAGCUCAAACCAGGUCCAGGAGCAAAAAGGCUUCGCCGCCUUAUUGGUAGAUUACUUUUGGCAGCUAAAAUUAGUCAAAAUCAAUGUAAUUAGACUUUUCAGUGUAGCAUUCUUGCCUGCUGGUGGCAGAAGGCAAAUGAAAUUAGUAGAGUUUAAUUCACUCAACAAGCCCCACAAUAAUCACUGGAAUAUGGUAUCAAAGACAGCUCGAUUACCAUUGUUUUUUGUAGAUUCUGCUUUGGUAAGACAAAG